CCGUACUCUCUCGACGUCCCCGCUCGUCCAAAGGCUCCCCCGCAGCCUUCCUUUACGACCCUGCACGAUUCUGCACGACGUUCGGAUCUCGUUUAUUAUCUUUCUCCCUCCUCACGCCGCCCACUCUUCAUCAAUUCUGCUAACCCGCUGACACCCGCCGCUGCUCUUUGCAUUUCAAGACCUGCAUAUUCUAUAUUCUCGUUUCUGAUAUUCAAGAAAUGGAUAGCUGGAGAGUAGCUGUGCUCGGAGAUGGAGGUGUCGGAAAGACCGCGCUGGCCGUCCAAUUUACGCUGAAUUGUUUCGUUGAGACUUAUGACCCGACAAUAGAAGAUGCGUAUCGUAAACAACUGGUGGUUGACAAGCGGAUGUGUUUCGUCGAAGUGAUUGAUACGGCAGGACAAGAGGAAUAUGCGACAUUGCGAGAUCAAUGGGUCAGGGAGGGCCAGGGGUUUAUCCUGGUCUACUCCAUCGCGUCGCGUGCAACAUUUGAACGCCUGGACGUCUUCCGACAAGCCAUGCUGAAGGUGAAACGACAGAAGCCGGUCUUCAUGCUCGUUGGCAACAAGUGCGACAAGCAGUACGAGCGGGAGGUGUCACGAGAGGAAGGGGCCGCACUGGCGCGGAACUUCGGUUGCGACUUUCUCGAGACAUCCGCUAAAACGGCUAUUAACGUGGAACGACUCUUUGUGGACCUCGUCCGACUGCUCCGACAGACACGGCAACAAGAGCAGGGCCCGCCCGGCCAAGUACGAUCACCAAAGGAGAAGGAGAAGAGGAAGGGUGGAAAGUGUAUAAUCAUGUAGGGCACACUGAGGACUCCUCCGCAUAGAACUAACCCAUCUUUCAUACUUACCUCGUUCCAUGAUACCACCUCCUCUUCUGUCAUUGGGCUCAUCACGUCUGGUUCACCGCAGGACUUUGUCCUGCCGCUGUGUCGAACUCAGGAUUCCUUCACGAUGUACAUACUUUUCUCCUA